GAAAAGGUUUGCGUGGAGCACGUGGGUAAAUGACGUAGUGACCUGCUCAAACCGCCCUCUUCUGUCAUAAUCCAAAAUGGCAGCCACCAUUGGAAGACUGCUCAGGACUUCUGCGAGGGUUGCAGCAGGAGGGUUGAAAGUAGCAGCCUGUCAGCAUGGAGCAUCUGGAGCUGCGAGAGCCCUCACUGGUCCUGCUCUUCAGAGAGCCUGCUUCUCUACCAGCACUUCCAGAUGGGCCCCUGCUGUCACUCAACCUGCUCCAGAUUUUAAGGCCACUGCUGUCCUCAAUGGGGAGUUCAAGGAGAUGAGCCUUGCUGAUUUCAAGGGAAAAUACCUGGUCCUCUUCUUCUACCCGCUGGAUUUCACCUUUGUGUGUCCAACAGAGAUCAUCUCAUUCAGCGACAAGGCUAAUGAGUUCCACGACGUCAACUGUGAGGUGGUGGGUGUGUCUGUGGACUCUCACUUCACCCACCUGGCGUGGAUCAACACCCCACGCAAGACUGGAGGUUUGGGCCACAUCCACAUCCCCUUACUCUCCGACCUCAACAAGCAGAUCUCUAGAGACUACGGGGUGCUGCUGGAGGGUCCGGGCAUCGCACUGAGGGGUCUGUUCCUCAUUGAUCCAAACGGUGUGGUGAGGCACAUGAGUGUGAACGACCUGCCGGUGGGCCGUUGUGUAGAAGAGACGCUUCGUUUGGUGAAGGCGUUCCAGUUUGUUGAGACGCACGGUGAGGUGUGUCCGGCCAGCUGGACCCCUGAGUCCCCAACAAUCAAACCAACUCCAGAAGGAUCCAAAGAGUACUUUGAAAAAGUCAACUGAAGAAGUUCACAACUCUCACCUAAAAUAGUGACAAGUCAAAAAAUAAUUGUACGUUUAGUUUACAGUUUAUAAGUUGUAUUUACUCAUACACAUCUGAAUACUCUAAUAAAUAUAUUCUUUAUAAAUGCCAA